AUGGCCAUUAUCGAUACCCUUCCCGCUGUCAGUGUUUCAGUUCGCCUCAAGAAAGCCUACCGAGACGCUGACGAAUACCCCGACCCUUAUCCGUACCAUGAGCAUGAGAGAUACAUGGACGACUACGAGCAGUGUGCCCGCAACUACAUUGAGAGUAAGGAAGGUACCGAGUUCGCAGUUCAUGUCAAUGUCUUGGACGAUGCCACUAUUGAUCCCUGGAUCCAUCACGAUGAAGGCUUGGUUUUCCUUCUCUUCCUCGACGGCCACUUCAUGGGAAAGCGAUUCUGCUACGAUGAUGACUUCAAACAUGGAGGCUGGCACUUUGCCUUCAAAGGCAAGAGACAUCCCAACCAGCAUAGAACUGCCAUGGUUGAGAGUAACUUCAAGUUCCAGACGAUUACUGCAGUUGACCAAGACGCUACCGAUGGCGAAUGGAGGCGUGCCAAGGAUCUUGGUACAAUCGAGGUGCGCGUCAGACUUGCCAGAUUCGCUGGUGGUCCACGCCGCAACAGAUGGGUCAACUUGGAGAGACCGUUCCGCGAGCCGGAGUACAACAAGUGCGAGAUAUCCGAGGAAGCUAUCAAGGGCCGACCUAUCUACCAUGGCACUUCCUUCACCCCGCCGGUGAACAAGAGUCUGCGACCUCCUAGAUUUGCCCAUCGAGCAGCGAUGGAGCGAAUUCGCACUGGCCCCCUCUUCGCGACCUACACAUUCAAGUAUCGCUCGCGAGAUGCGCUGAAGAUUGAGGAGAUCCUUCACCAGACCCCCAGCCCUGAGCCUGCCCCGGCGCCUUUCUUCCGUCAGAAACCGGCCUACUUGGGAAAUUCGAGCCUUCCUAGAUUCGAGGACCUUCAUGAAGAUGAGGUCGAGCGUCUUGCUAGAGAGAGACACCAACAGCUCCAAGAUGAGCAAGCGCAAUCUUCAGCUCAGAAGAACAAACGGAGCUAUGACGACUUCUGUGAUUUUACGGAUGGCGCUGAUGAGCAGUUGGCCCGUCCUUACAAGAUUAUCAAGCUGGGAAAUGGCCAUGACGCUAUUGAUCUCACGGGCGGCUACUAG